AUGACAGUGUUUAACACUCGAUCGGCAACAACAACAACAACACUGUCAGCAUCAACGACAACUACAACUCCGGGAUCUAUGAGCGAAGGGAGCAGUAACUGUGGAAGCACAGAACCUCAACUAUCCAAUGCACAUACAGCUGCAGGCGAAGUAGCCCCAACCAAUAUCUUGGAAAACAAUGUUGUAUUCCCUGUGGGCAGUGUGUUGGAGUGUCGAAAUGUGCUGAAUUCCACGACUGUUGGCCAGGUGAUCUGCUCGGACCAACCAACGCGACUUCUCGUCCUAAGAGAUACUUCAGGACCAGGUGGAGUACCAUUGGUACGUAUUGUCAAUUUGGCACUUGUUGCACAGGUAACAUGUCUGAAAGAUAAAGGAAGUGAACAAUCAUCACCUUGGCCAAAUUUGCAAAUAUCCACAAAACAAGUGCAAGAACGGAUGAGCCGUGCAAUAGCACGAAAGAAAGCGUCCGUAAUGCAAACUCAUGUAUCGGUUGAGGGACAGCGAGCUUUUAUUCACCUAAGGAAAACAUUGGAACAUAGGGUAGAAUGGUCCGGUAAUAAUAUCAAAGUACUUAAUCGUGUGUUAGUCCAACCGCCAUAUACAGCUGAUUCCAUUGAACCCAUUGGUGACAUCAAUGAUACGGCAGUCGCUUCAGCGAAAGAACAUGUUCGGAAAAUCUUAACGAAAUAUCGCAGUACUCAACAAAUAAAUACUCCUAGCGAUGAUGCACCUGCGGAUCCUACACCGUCACAGUAA